UCUUCGUGGGUGGACUAUAUAAACGUGUUUAUUUCUGUUCCUCAUUCUUUUGUGUCUCGCAGGAGUUCUUACAUAAACAUCGCGUAUGAUGUUCUGAUCACUUAUUUUAGUAAAUUGUGUUUUGAAUUGUUAAAAAAAUCGUGUCCUUCUUGCGUUACAAAUUAUAUAAUUUUUCACUGGAUUUUUAUUUUAUUUUUUAUUUUAUUGCAUUUUUUUUAUUUUCGUCAAAAAUGCGUCAUUUUUUCAUAAUAUCGAUGGCUAUGUCUUUGCUACCCUUAAUAUUAACUAUCGGUUGUGUACUCGGUCUAUAUGAAACGGCACCUCACAUUAUUGUAUUCAUGGCUGAUGAUUUGGGGUGGAACGACGUCGGUUUUCACGGAUCGAAUCAGAUACCAACUCCCAACAUUGACGCUCUCGCGUACAAUGGAAUUAUAUUAAACAGGCACUACGUUCUACCGUCAAGCACACCAUCUAGGAUAGCUUUUUUCACCGGCCUUUACCCGAUUCGUAUCGGGAUGCAAGGGGAUGGAAUUCGUGGUGGCGAGCCACGCGGUCUUCCAUUGCACAUAAAAAUUUUGCCUGAGCAUUUACGAGGUUUAGGAUAUACGACGAAAUUAAUUGGGAAAUGGCACAUGGGAUACCACACGCCCCAGUAUACGCCGUUGCAUAGGGGGUUCGACACGUUCUUUGGCUUUUACAACAGCCACAUCACGUAUUACGAUUACGAGUACUCGAAUCAGAACAUGACCGGAUACGACAUGCAUCGUGGGGAUGAUCCGGCGUAUGGAAUUAAGCGGGAAUACGUGACAGAUUUGUUCACCAAGGAAGCGAUCAGAAUCAUCGAGAAUCACGAGCUUCCUAGACCUCUUUACCUUCAGAUCUCGCAUCUAGCGGUUCAUGCACCUAUAGAACAACCGGAGGAGUCGAGCAACGACGAGAUCAUACAGAUUCGCGAGCCAAAUCGGCGAAAAUAUGCCAAAAUGGUGUCGAAAUUAGACGAAUCGGUUGGGCGUAUAGUUCACGCGUUAGGCGAGAGAGGAAUGCUGAGGGACUCCCUAAUCCUGUUUCUCACCGAUAAUGGAGCAGCUUCGAUCGGUAGAUACAGAAAUUACGGCUCGAACUAUCCAUUAAGAGGAACGAAAUACACUUUAUACGAAGGAGGGGUGAGAGGAGUCGCGGCAUUAUGGUCGUCGAGACUGGAGAAAGCGGCCCGUGUUUUCAAGAAAUUGAUACACAUAACUGAUUGGUUGCCCACCCUUUAUUCCGCAGCUGGUGGAGAUCUAAAGGAUCUAGGCGAGAUCGAUGGGAUCGAUCAAUGGCGCGUACUUAGCGAGGGGCAAGGGCACGGCAGAGAGAAACUUUUGUUAAAUAUCGACGAAGUUAUGAAAACCGAGGGGGCGAUAUACAGCCGGUUCAAAUUGUUGCGAGGUUCCGUAGGGAACGGUUAUUACGACAAAUAUUACGGGGACUCCGGAAGAACGUUAGAGACACCGCCGUACACGGAAGUGGUGUUGAAAAGCGCCGUUUCUCAAAGUAUCACCUAUCAUCUGGGCGGCCCGGUGACACAGCCAAGCACAAUGAUACAAUUAAGGCGAGAAGCGACCGUCCAAUGUCACCCAAAUGUGUCGUAUUAUUUCAGGCACUCGUUUACAUAUUGUAACGUGACGGAAUGUUUAUUCGAUAUAGUGAACGAUCCAUGCGAAACAAAAAACAUCGCGGAAGCUUAUGCCAGAAUCGCAAGAGAUUUGGAUCUUUACCUGGAACAGUAUGGUCGCGUUUUAAUGAAACAAAUUAGAAAACCGGUGGAUUGGCUGGCCGAUCCAAGAAGAAGGAACAACACGUGGGAACCAUGGAUGAAUUCGAAAGCCGCGAUAUACGUUCAAAAUAUCGGAACUAUAUACGUCAAUUUAGCAUAUUACAUUCAUGUUUCGAUCAUAUUCAUAUCGAUAUUGAUGAACAAUUUUAUCUGAUUGUAUAAUAUUUCAGGAUGGAUGUUGUAGUAGCAUCGAUAAAUUAAUCGAUUUGAUUUCAAACGAUGUUUUAAUACGAUAGGGUAACUUGAGCAACUUCAGUAAUACUUCAGUGUCUUCCAAUUUUUUUUUUUUAAUCCUCUUUUAGAGUGUUUAAAUAUUUUUUCCUCCGUAUGAAGUAAAAAAAAUGUUUUCGUAUCAUAAACUUGAACUAAUACAAAAUUAAAAACGUAUAACUUUUACAGUUCUAUUGGGCGGCACGAUCGAUUUGUUGCAAUUGUUAUUGUUACUAAUAUAAGCAUAAAUUCAUCUAUAAAUAUAAAUCAUGUAAAUUCGUUUAUGUUAAAAAUAAAUGUAAAAAUAUGGCUGGCAGAUCUUAGGCUUGACUGAUAAAUUCUGGCGAAUAAUAAAUAAAUUUAACGAGACAGAAAUUGAAAUAAAUGACUUCACAUUUCCGUAAUUAAGUAAUUCAAUAUGUCUCGAAUAAGAUCUUUUAGCGAAAAAUACUUGUUAUACCUGCCAUAAUUUAAGUUAUUUAGAAGAUUACACAUAAUUUACAAUGUUUAUUUUCAAUUUAUACAUUCAUCAAUUCUUGCAUAUGAUGUUAAAGAAAUAUCUUAUAAAGUUAAAAUAGUAAAGUAAAAAUGAUGCAAAAAAAAAUACAUUACAUCAAUAUUAUCUUACAUCUUUUUAUAAUUAUAUCUUUUAUAGGAAAUUCGUUAUAUUUCUGUAAAAUAUAUUUGUUUUUGUUGAUUUUUUAAAUAUUUAUAUAUAUACUUAUCUGUAUGUAUAUAACAUGUUUUAUUUCUUUUACUACUUAAAAAAUUGCUUAUUUCCAAGUUAAAAGUUAAUGAAACAAGUUUUAACGAUUUAAAUAUUCAUGUAAUUUUAAAUAGUUACAAUAGUUUAAAUAAAUGUUAUCUAAUUUGUGUAUAAAUCAUUAGCAAUUAUGCUAAAUUCUAUAUAUGUAUAUUUUUUUUUAAUAAAAAUAAAAUAGAAAACAGAAAA